AUGCUUUGGCGUUGUUGUAAAGGAAUAUAUACCACUUUAGAAAAAUCUUUUGAAGAGCAAGGGAUUAUAGUAAAUGGUAUAAAAGAGUUAACGGAUGAUCAACUAAUUGAAUUAGCUUCUAUUUCCAAAGAUGAUCAAACUUAUAAACUUGCUCUUUUGGCUUAUACACUUGAUGUUAAAUAA